AUGGAGGAGGCUGCCCUCGGAGCCAUACGGCCGGCUGUGCAGGCCACCGAUGACGGCUCCAUGACACAGCAGGACGAGGCCCUUCUCGAGGAGGAGAUGGAAAGACUUUUGGAGGAAAACGACUACCUGAAGUGCGAGAUCGAGGAGAUGAGGGCCGAGAUGGACGAAAUGCGUGACACCUUCUACGAGGAAGACACGUGUCAGCUGCAGGACAUUAAGCGUGACCUGGAGCGGGCCAACAAAAACUGCCGGAUCCUGCAGUACCGUCUACGCAAAGCCGAGAGGAAACGGCUGCGUUACGCCCAGACGGGGGAGAUCGAUGAGGAGCUGCUUCGGAGUCUGGAACAGGACCUCAAGGUGGCCAAAGAUGUAUCAGUGAGGCUGCACCAUGAGCUGGAGAAGGUGGAGGAGACUCGCUCCAAAACAGAAGAUGAGAACGAGAAGUUGAGGCAGAGUCUCAUCGAGGUGGAGGUUACCAAACAAGCCUUGCAAAAUGAACUUGACAAAGCCAAAGACAAAAAACGAGGAGUAAAGGACACUCAGAAGACUGACAAGAAAGCAGCGCAGACUCCCACUGAGGAGGACAAUGAGGACCUUAAGUGCCAGCUGGCCUUGAUCAAGGAAGAGGCUGUUCUCAUGAGGAGGAAGACUGCCACCAUCGACAAAGAGAAAGACCGUUUGGAGCAAGAACUGCAGAAGUACCGCUCCUUCUAUGGCGAACUAGACAGCACCCAUCCCAAAGGCGAGGCUGGGGGGCCGCCCUCUACCCGUGAGUCCGAGCUCAAGCUCCGCCUCCGUCUGGUGGAGGAGGAGGCUAACAUCCUCGGGAGGAAAAUCGUUGAAUUGGAGGUGGAGAACAGAGGUCUGAGGGCCGAGCUGGAUGACCUCCGCGGUGAGGGCGAAGGAGAAAGCGGCUCUGGGGUCGGCGCAAUGGGCGGUCCGGGUUCGGGGCGAGGGCUCGGGGACGACCUAACUGAGCUAAGACAGCAGCUUCAGCUGGUGGAAGACGAAGCCGAGCUUUUGCGGAGGAACCUCGCAGACGCUGAGGAACAGAACCAGAGGGUGACCAACGAGCUGAACAAGAUGCGAUUCAAGGCCAGCACUUAUGAGGGCGGGGCCCGGCACGGAGGUGUCUCAGGGGUGGGCGGCAUUGACGUAGUGAAGGCUGAGGCUUUACAGGAGGAACUGAAAGCAGCCAGGCUUCAGAUAAAUGACCUUAGUGGCAAGGUGAUGCAGCUGCAAUACGAGAACAGAGUGCUGUUGUCCAACAUGCAGCGCUAUGACCUGGCCUCUCACCUGUCCCUGCGGCCCAGCCCAAGGGACAGCGACGCUGAGAGCGAUAGUGGCGGCGGUACGAGCGGUCGCCGCGAAAGCGAUGAGGAUUCUACGUCGUCCCGCCUGCUCCCACCCCACCGCAAACGCGAGGGCCCAGUCGGCGGUGAGAGCGACCCGGAUGAAGUCAGAAAUAACGGCUCCGGUCGUUGUCCGACGCCUACCAGAGGCCUCCUAACGCCGUCCGGACCCGAGGGGGCCGCCUCCUCUCCUUUAGCUCGUUUGCUACCCGGCGGACGGUACAGCCUGCGUGAAAGGCAGCAGAUGAUCGACAUCCGCGUGGAAGCCGAGAGGCUCGUUAGGACCAUCGACCGGCUCAUUGCCGACACGGCAGUUAUCAUCACAGAAGCGAGGGUUUACGUUUCCAACGGCGACCAGGAGCGAGGCAGCGAGGAUGACGGGAGCCGGAUCAGGGAGCAUGAGCUGCUGUAUCGCAUCAAUGCCCAAAUGAAAGCUUUCAGGAAGGAACUACAGGCCUUCAUAGACAGACUGGAAGUGCCCAGGCUGGAAGACCGAGAGACCGAGGAGCCGCUGUCGAUGUUCCAGCCUAUCAUUUUGCUCAUCCUCAUACUUGUGUUGUUUUCCUCUCUAUCUUAUGGAACUAUCUUUAAACUGGUCUUUCUCUUCACCCUAUUCUUUGUUCUGUGA